GUGAUUGCCAACCACGCCUAUUUCAUGACCUCGGGCAUGCUGGUCUAUGAGCUGAGUGGCUACAAGGUGCGUUUGCAAGGGGCGCCUGAGGAACCUCGGUGGCUGGUGGAGAUGAGCUUAUGGAUCCCUUGGCUUCACCUAGGUGAGCUCACGACGGAGGACGUUUCCGGACUCGUCUUGCUCGAGGUCGAGAAGUUCGCUGCUACUAUCCGUCGCUCCUUCAACGGGCAUAGCUUGGCUCGGGACUUCGCCCAGAAGGUCGUGAACACAUUGAACGAGAUGGAGGUGGUCACCGACUUGUGGCAGAUGCCACAGAAGGAAGAGGAG